AUGGAGGUUAAAACGUCUGUCUAUGACUUUAGUCUGCUGAGAGACGGUAAAUUCAGGGUGAAUUUUGACUGUUACAAAGCCAGACCUCAUUUUAUUAUUGCGUUAGACGAUUCGCCUAAAACAGUGUACGAAGACCUAAGCGAUGAUCAAAAAAAAAAGGUAAUCAACUUAGCCCUGCUGAUGGCCACUAAACACGGUCUCGGGGAAUCAAGGGCUGUUUUGUCCCAGCACUGUGGAUACUGGUACAAUUCGACGUAUAACUAUCAUGCUCAUCUUUGUGUAAAUCACGAGAAAUACCUCGGUAUCUUGGAUGGAGAAAAAAACACGCUCAAAAACUGGUCCCAUUCUGAUGAAGCCAUUAAGAAAUAUCCAACUAGUAAAAGGAAGGAUGAGGUUGACGAAAUCAACAAAAUCAUCGCUGAUAAAGUAGCCAAGGACGUUACCGAGGGGGGCAACGACAUUCUUUUUCACCCAUCAGAACCAAGAGUUGGAUUUGCAGUCGAGGAGUCACAUAAACCAACUAACCCUCAAGCUUGGUUUAAUGUUCAAAAGAAAAUGAUGUUAUACGCAACUGGAAAGGAUCUCACCAACCCUAAGGGAAAUGGGAACUAUUUCGGAUGUCACGUAUGUUUGGUCCUCGACGGCAAAACACAUGGCUUCGACAAUAUAGCUGUUUCCAAGUGCCUUGUUGGCUUCAUUGAAGUAACUGGAUCGAAGUUCUACCGAGAUCUCUGUCCAAAUGAAAAGAGGGAAACCUGGUUUGAUCGUUUCCGAGAAAGUAGUCGUGGCUAUUCACCAUGGUGAGCAUGGUGCUCAUCGUAAAACUUGACCAUUGCUUUAGUCCAUUUCUUUUUAUGAUAAGAUUAGUUUUGUCUAAUAUUUCUACCUAUUCAAUCUUAUAGCCGUUCAAGUAUUCGCUGAUAUGCGGUAGCAGAUCCACUCUAAUCUGUUGGCAAAAAGCAACGCACGGGUUCUCAGAUUAACAAAUGGAUGAAAACAAGUCAAAUGAUUUAGUUCUAAGAGUUAAGCGAAGAUCGAGGAAUUUUGAUUGCCCUAAUGUAAUCAUUUUACUUUUUGGAUAUAGAUCAGAAGUAUCGUGAUCUUGUGUUAAGUUCUUUUAUUUGGAUAUACAUCUAGGAAAGUUGUAGCACUUUGGAAUAUAUUUAAUCGCAAUACACUGGUAUAGAUAGUCCAUGACGGAUGACUUUCGCAAAGCGAAAUGAUAUGUAAGAGUCAGAUAUCAUUUUGAAAUACCAGAUACCUUGUCAGAGUGUAACUGAGUUUUAACAAGCACCAAGUAGUAAAUGGAAUAAAAUUUCAUUUUUAAAAUUAA